AAAAAUACAAAUCACAUUUUUUUAGGUUAUGUUUAUGUUUUAGUUGGACCAAAACAAAAUAAAAUAACAUCUGUUAUCUUGAUUAAUAAUGAUAACAACAUGUCGAAAACACCAACUAAAACAGACUCCAAUUACAACUUCAUACCUAGAGAGAUUACGACCCCUAAUAAGGACCACCAGGGGGUGUCAAAGACGGUACAUUCUCACGUCUCUAAACUGCAUGGAUUAUUAAAUGACUGGAUGAAAAUUCGGGACAAGGGAGUUAGGUUAUGUAGAGCUAUUUCUGCGCUGAAGUUGCACGAGUGCGACGAUGAUUAUUAUCCGAGCCAACUGAAACAGUUGAUGGAAGGGCUCCUAGACGCCUUGGACGGCUUGAAGAAUGUUGUUGAUGGUGUAAAAAUUCUAAACAAUCAACUACAAGCCUUAGCGAAGUUGCAACCAAGUGAGGAGCCAGUCAUCAACAGCUGGCCAGUCACCAAAAUAUCACAAACAGUUAUGAAGAUAUUUGAAUCACUAGAGAAAGAGUUUAGGCUGAAACAGAUUGUUACAGAAAACGUGGCACAUAGUCGUGAUGAAAAACUAAUAGAGGUGUAUGUCAGCGCGUGGGAAUUCGAAGCUUACUUCAAUAUCGAGUCCUUUGCCUACCUUUUUGCUGAAGUCGGUCUAGCAGGCGUCACGUAACUCAUUAUCGAAAUAUAUUUGUACUUAUAUAGACUUUUACUCAAGUAUAAAAGUAAUGUUUGUGUAUAAUAAAUCGUUUUUGUUAAUAUA